CCUGAUAUAAAUAACAGCUCAUUUACGAAAGUCUUUACACCAGGAUGAUGUUGUUUAUAAAAUUACUUUUUGUUUUAAUAUCCAUGCACGAGAUUCUCGCGGAUGAAGUACCAUGCUUUUCACGACAAUUCGACCAGGAUUCUGUAGUGUGCGUUUGUAAUUCUACUUACUGUGACUAUGCUGGGAUUGAAGGAGGCGGCCUUCUUUAUACGUACUUCAACGCUUUCGUAACCACUAAAGACGGACUUCGCCUUGACCGGCAGCUCGGCUCUUUCGAUGACCAGAUCCAACCAAACAAGCACGUCUUUCAUUUGGGAAAUGACACAAGACAGACUAUUCUCGGCUUUGGAGGUGCUUUCACCGACGCCGCUACGAUGACGAUGAAUACAUUAUCGCCCCAAGCCAGAGCCAAUUUGAUAAAUUCAUACUACGGUCAGAAUGGGAUCGAGUACACUAUGGGACGGAUACCGAUGGCGAGUUGCGACUUUUCGAAACGUAUAUAUUCCUACGACGACGUUGAAGGCGACCUUGAACUUAAAGAAUUCGCCUUAACGGAGGAGGAUCUUUUGUACAAGAUCCCAGCUAUAAAAGACGCUAUGAAAGUGAGUAAAAGAAAUGUGACAUUGUUUGGCAGUCCUUGGAGCUCGCCAUAUUGGAUGAAAACCAACAACAAUAUGACCGGUAAGGGUACUAUAAAAGAUGGACCGGGUGGACAAUAUUACAAAUCUUGGGCGAAAUAUUUUGUGAAGUUUUUGCAAGCAUAUAAGCAACAGGGACUUAACAUGUGGGGUCUAACGGCGCAAAAUGAACCAAGCGACGGUAACAUUGACGCAUUUCCGUUCCAGUGUCUCGGAUUCGAUGCCGAAUCGCAACGAAACUUUAUUGCCAAUGACCUAGGUCCUGCUCUUGAACAAAAUGGUUUUGGAGGCGUCAAACUUAUGAUUCUCGAUGACGAAAGAAAAUUUCUUCCAUCUUGGGCUGACGUGGUACUGAAAGACCAUUUUGCUGCUAAAUAUGUUUCCGGUAUUGCUGUGCAUUGGUAUGAUGACAUGGUAGUCCCUCCUUCGGCUUUAGACGAUACGUAUAAACAGUUCGGAAAUGAUUACUUUAUUCUGAAUACAGAAGCUUGUGUACAAGAUUUAGUAAAUAAAUCUAAUACAGUGUUGCUAGGCAACUGGCAACGCGGGGAAAGGUACUUUAUGGAUAUUUUGCAGGAUAUUGAACACGGGGUUUCCGGUUGGGUGGACUGGAAUAUGGCACUUGACAUGCAAGGGGGACCGAACUGGCAGAACAACCUUGCAGACAGCCCAGUAAUAGUGAACGCACAGACGGACGAGUUCUAUAAGCAGCCCAUGUUUUACGCUAUGGGGCAUUUCAGUAAAUUUGCACGACCAGGAUCGAAAGUGAUAUCUCAUUCAACCAAUGUUACAGCUGACUCGAGCCUCAAGGCGAUUUUCUUUACGAGGGAGGAUGAUUCGAUUGCUGCAAACUUUGUGAACACCAAUGAUACAGAAAGUUUUGACAUCACCAUUACAGACUAUAGGGUUCCUGGUUAUCUCAAUUAUGAAAUACCUCCUAAAACUUUUGUUACAUUCAUUUGGUACAGAAUAUAAAUUGCUCUGCCCGUCUUGCAAGUGGAGAAAUUUCCAUUGCGACUUGACAGAAGACAAUUUUCUCCGACGUCUGGACAUGGCAAAUAGAUGUACAAUAGUGUGUCACAUCUCAUAAAACUACCGUUUGAUGUAAAAAAAAAACUGUUUCUUCUUUGCAGGAACUUUGAAAUGACCAAAAUGCGUUUUACAUAAUACAGUGAAUAAGAUUUUCAAGAUUUUCAUACAAAAUGGUCAAAAUUACAAUGAAAAAAAAAAAAGAAAAAACUUUCAAAAAUAUAACGGUAAUUUCAGAAAAUUUCUAAAAAAAAAUACACCUAGAAUUCUUUAGAGUCAUUUAUCUGGAAUUAACGCCCCAAAUAUUUCGUUUUCGUUUCAGUGUAUUGAUACCAAGACGAAAUAACUCGCGUUGGCGCGUACGCCAAGACGACAUUACGAAAUGUGCUUCAUUGCCGCGCGCACGCCAGCGCGACAUAACGAAACACCAACAAGCCAAAACGAAAUCUUUAUUAAUGGCGCACACGCCAAGGCGAACUAAUACGUUUCAUUAUGUCGCGUUCUAUAUUUCGUUAUGUCGCAUUGUUAAUUUCAUUUUGUCGCGUUUGCACGCGCGCAGAAACGACACAGAACUCUCAAAGUUUCACGCUAGGACGACACAACGAAAUGUGUUACAUAGACUGCGCGUACGACAACGCGACAUAACAAAAUGUCGUAAAUCAGCCCCACUCCCCCCCCCCCCCCCCCCCCCAUCCAUAGUGUACAAUGUACAUAAUAAUUCUGUUAGUUUCUAUACUAUUGGUCCAAAACUUUGGAAUGAACUGCUGUUAGAACUACGCAAAAGUAAAUCACUUGACACAUUCAAAAAAAAUCUUAAGACACUGUAUUUCAGAGAUUUCGCGGCAUUGUUUUAAAUUUUUUGAUAACUUUAUUAUGCGAAAACAGCAGAUGAUAGUUCUUAAAUUUUUGUAAGAGGUUUUACAAUUCAACAUUUAUAUUUCCAAGGUUUGUUUAAUUAAACGCACUUGUUGGUAAGGCUCUAUGGGUAGGGUAGUGUGUAGUAUUUCUAUCUUAAAUAGUAUAUGAUGGCGCCAUUAACUGGGGGGUUUGAACCUCUAUAUGCAGCUCGUCUGGGCGUACCAUGUGAUGCUUUAAGCACUGGUAUUCGCAAUAGGGGUAAAAUGACCUCAAGGGGAGGGGUGCGGUCAUGACUGUUUGUUACAAUAAGGCUGUUAUUAUUGUCAUUAUUAAUACUGUAAUAAUUAUUAUUAAUAUGUACAUCGCCAUUGAAUAUAUUAUUGUAUAAAAAUAGGCGUUUAAUCAAAUUAUUCAGUUUCAGUUUUCAGUUAGUUUGUUUGUUACAGUAAAUUAAUGUAACGAGAAAACGUUUGCUACUAACCCUUACCCUGCUUAAUUUCUAUAAUGAACUUGUCCAUAUUUCAAUUUGGACAGUACCAUUGACUGUUAAAAGGGGUGUUUACGAAAAAUUACCGACUGAAUGGCGAACAGUGCAGAUCAUGAUCAGGCUGCACGGAUCAUCUACACUGGUCGCAAAGGCAAAAUAAGUCGUGUUUAGCAUGAUAAGGGCUAACAUUUGAAUUUGGCAAGAGCCGAGGUUUGGAAUUACGAGAAGAGGGCAUAUGAUAUAUUUAAUGGGCAUUACUUAAAACUGAGUAAAACACUUAAAUGACUGAAUUAAUAAUUUCUUUCGUCUAUAUAUAUGUCCUUUUACAUUUUCAUAAAUGUUUUAUGUUACAAAACUACCCUUCUGGGGUCGCUAAAUAUAGAUGCAAUUUGUAUGGAUUAAGGUAUAAUUAUUAAUAUAAAUUUAUUUACGAAGUGACUGCAUGGUAUUUAGAUUUGGCUAAUGUGAGAUUAUCCUUUGAAACGCUCGCACUCUUUUCUAUCGAUAUAAACCCUCAAGCAAAGAUUUGGAUAAAAAACAAAAGUAUUGUUUCUAGAAAGUGUAUUUUAAAACGUUUUCUACACGUUUGAAUGUUGAUCUACGACUUGGCCGACUUCGAAUUUCGAUAUUUGACCUAAACUUUUUUUGAAUGUAUACCCGGGUCUGCUAUAAAUGUUGAUCUACGACCUGAAUGAAAUUGAAUGUUGAUCUGCCUUAUGACAAGAAAUAUCGAGUAUUCUCUAUCUAGAAGUUGCUGUUAUUAUUGUUAUUAUUAUUA